AAUUUUUGGCCGUUUCGCACUUGAUGUGAUUGGCCGUUCGGGAUUUUCAUCAGAUUUUAAAACAUUUUCGGAUGAGGACAGUGAAAUAGUUAAACAAACACUUGUUUUCUCAAAUCCCGCAAGAAAUAUGGUUUAUUUUGCCUUUAUGACAUUCUUUCCUUUCCUAAAUAGCUUGCUAGAACGUUUCUUUUCUUUUGAUUUAUGGGAUAUGCCUGCGCAAAGAUUUUUCCAUGGUAUUAUGUCUAAAUUGUAUGAUGAACGUAAAGAUGAUCCUGAGGCGAAGGAUAAAUAUAAUGACAUUUUCCAAUUACUCAUGAAUGCUGUAAAUGAUUCUGAGGCCUCCGAACUAGAGGAUGUUACAAAGGGUCAAACUACCGAUGAACUAAACAAUAAUUCGAUAACUAAACAAUAUGAUAAAUAUCUCAGCAAAAUAGAGCUUUUUGCUCAAGGGCUUAUACUUUUAAUUGCUGGAUAUGAUACAACAGGUUCAGUUUUGCAAUUUGCUAUUUAUAUGCUUGCAAUGAAUCCAGAAGUUCAGGCAAAAUUGCGAGAGGAAAUUAAUUGUGAACAAAUUUCAUAUGAGCAUUUAAAAAGGAUGGAGUAUCUACAGGCAGUUGUUCAGGAAACUUUAAGAAUGUAUCCGCCAGCUCCCGACUCCAAUCGUGAAUGCAAUUCUAAUUUAAAUAUAAACGGAAUUAAUUUACGUGAAGGAGAUUUAGUUUUUAUACCAAUCUAUUCGAUUCAACAUAAUGAAGAAUUUUACCCCGAACCUGAAAAAUUUAAGCCAGAAAGAUUUAUUCGGGAAGAAAAAUCUUCUUUGGAUCCUUUAACGUUUUUAGCCUUCGGAUUAGGCCAAAGAAACUGUAUUGGUAUGCGCUUCGCUGAAUUCCAAAUGCAUGUAGUCAUUGCUCUUAUUGUCAGGCGUUUUAACUUCAAACCGGGUCCAAACAGUCCGAGUCUACCCCUAGAACUUGAAUCAAUUAUGCUUUUACGUCCAAAAGAAAAACUUGUAGUUUUGGCUGAGGAUUUGUUAUAA